CUCAGGAAGUGCAGUGAGGAAAUGGUUGCCGUGGCAACGAACAGGCGCUCCGCUUUUGCUGCCGCUCUGUUGGGCUUGUUAGCUAGCUAGCGUUAAGUAGUUCAGAGAGCAGCAUUGUGAGCAUAACAAAAGCUGAAACUUUUAACGUAGCGCUUUUAUAACGUUAGCGAAGUUAGCUAGUUGGCUGAAUGAUCAAAGUCGUCUCUGUGGGGUGCGCUUCAUUAUGCACUUACAACGCUUAGCUAGCUAGCUAGCUGGUAUGAAGUCGACACGUAGACGGCUAAGCUAGUGUGCAUUUGUGUUCUAACAUUAACGCUGAGCUGGUGCUUACUUUUGUCAUAAAACGCUUAGCUAGUGUAUAGUUGUGAUCUGGAAGGCUCAACUAGCACCUAGUGUGCACUUGUGUUCUACCUAGAGCGCUAAGUUAAUGUGUAUAAUUCUGGGCAUCUACUACACGCAUGGACCGCGGCUUACGCAACCUGGAGAUUCAUUCAAAAGAACAGAACCUUUAUUCUUUAACUAUUCAGAAUAUUAAAGUACGCCACAAAAGCCCGGUCUUUAUGAGAACGCAGAUGAAGUUAGGCGACGUUAAGAAGUGUAGUUGGCAGUUUGCCCCGAUUUGCUCCAUUGGUGGUUCUUAGACUGGACUUGACUGGUAUUGAUUUGAGAUGACGGUGAUAAACAGCCUUGUGCCAGCUCGGUUUCUCACGCUCACCGCGCACCUUGUAAUUGUUAUCACCAUCUUCUGGUCACGGGACAAUAAUGUUAAGGCCUGCUUGCCUCUGGUCUUUACUGAGGACCAGUACAGAUCUGAGGACACCCGGUUGCUUAUAGCUCUAUCUGUAACUCUGGGCCUGUUUGCUGUCGAACUGGUUGGAUUCUUCUCUGGUGUCUCUAUGUUCAACAGUAACCAAGGACUCUUGUCUGUGGCGGCUCACUGCAGUGCCUCCAUCAGUCUGUCCUUCUUUGUCUUCCAGCAGUGGGAAUGCUGGACCUACUGGAUCAUUUUCGCCCUCUGCAGUGUGAUUCCAGCACUCUGUGAGUUGGUUCAGAUUGUUGCUGUGCUUGGUCUGAAGAAGAAGCCGAUGUGAAUGUUGUCUUUGCCUGCUGUUGUUCAUGUUCCUCAUUAAGACCUAAUCAGGGUAAUUGGAUUAAGGAUUCCAUACUACCAAAUCUAGAUUUUAAGAGUUUGGCUUUAAAACCUGUCAAACCACAACUAGAUACUGUUUGAAGAGAUAUACAUUUGGGACUUCUGGAAAGAGUUGUCAUGAAUUAUGUUGAAUGCUCUGAAUGCAUAUUUUCAGCAAUUGGAGUGCAUUGGGCAAUGGUUUGGCAUGUGGAUUACAUAGACAUAGACAUUUAUACUGUUUUUUUUUUUAAUGUAAAGUUCUUUUGUGUCCAGAAGUUUUUACUUAGUUUUGUAUGUGGAAAUCAAUAAAACUAUUUUACUACUGUC